UUAUGUAUAUAUCUGAUAUAUUUUGGUUCUAUUGUGCAGAUUAACAUCAGUCAUGCUAAAACAGGAGGACACAGGCGUGCAAUAGUUAAAACUCUAGAUAAUGGAAGUAAUAAAUUUUCUGGAGCUGGAAUGGUAGCUAGUCUAUGGAAUCCUAGUGUUGAAGGUGCACAAACUAGUGCAUGCCGAUUGAAGAUUCAAAAAGGAAAAGAUAGUGUGCAAGCUGGUUGGAGAGUAGAUCCAACAUUAUACGGGGACACUAAAACUAGGUUUUUUAUACACUUGCAAGUUGGAAAUAAACAUUGUUACAAUACACUAUGUCGUGGCUUUAUAGUAACAAACAAUAAGUUAGUUCUUGAUAGAGCAUUCCCACUGUUGCACAUCGAGGGGGUAAUGCUAAUUGGUAACUUACUAUGUUCAUCGAACGGGAUGCAAAAGGAGGUUGGUGGCUUUUAGUUGGUGAAAGGAUGGAAGUUGGUUUUUGGCCUCGAAGGAUUUUCAGUACAUUAGCAAAGAAUUUUGCUGAGAAUAUUGAGUGGGGAGGAUCGGCAUAUAGUCCGCUAGGCGCACCUUAUGCUCCGAUGGGCUCUGGCUAUAUACCUAAAACUCCAGAUCCUAUGCUUAAUGCGUAUUGUCGAGCACUUACAAUUUUAAAUGAUAAAAGGCGAAACAAUAAAUGCAAAAAAUACACCUAUAUUUCUUGACAGUCCAGUAUCGUAUCAAGUCAUUGAUAAACCAGGUUGGGGACAUGAAAAAUUUCCACAUUACAUGUUUUAUGGGGGACCUAGUACAGAUACUCUUAUGUAGAGUUGUUGUAAUUAUGAUAUAUAUUUGUAAAUGACAGUGUUCAAUUCAGUCAUUUGCAUUAAUUUGCUUUUGAUCAAAUCAUAUUCUCUUCAACUUUUAA